AUGGCAUCUUUUUCAGGCAAUCCAACGCUGAUGCCAUUUCUCUAUCCUUGCUUCUUGAACGGUUAUUCGAAAGUUGCUUCGGUUUUCUUUUUCAAUGGCUCUAAAUCGGUAAAACGGACCUUGUGCCAUAGGCAAUUCUCUCGAAAAACAGCUUCGUCCAGAUAUUUGGAUGGUUCUCAGGAUACCCCGACUACGAAUCGCCUUAACCCGUCGCCAUCCGACUACGGCCGCUCCAUUUUCCAAGAUCGAUGUACCCUUCGCCUUCAUACAGGAACUGGUGGAAAUGGGUGCGUGUCGUUUCUCAGAGAGAAAUACAUUUCCGAAGGGCCUCCUAAUGGUGGCAAUGGCGGUAAUGGUGGAAGCAUAUAUAUACAGGCUGUUGAAGGCCAAACAAGUUUACAUAAACUUGCCAGAAGGGGAGUUAUAAGAGCCGGACAUGGAAAAAAUGGAAAAGGAAAGCUACAAGGCGGCCAACGUGGAACUGACAUCCUAAUAAAUGUACCUGUUGGAACUGUGGUCCGUGAGGUAGGGCGUUAUGACCCGGUGGCUGAAAAGGGGAGAGAGCUGCGCCUAUCGAUGGGGAAAAUGCCUGAGAAAGAAGCGCUGCGCAUCUUCUCAUCGAAACGGGAGCAAUGGGUCCUCUACCCGGGGUCGAGGCCGUCCGAUUAUAUAACGAUGGAGCUUCCAGUGCUUCCACCUCCACAGCGUAACAGUAUAGCAGCGAUGGAGCCUUCCGCUCCAAUACAUCUCGAUCUUUCCGAGCGUAUGGAACAGCCAAUGCUACUUGCUGCUGGGGCCAUUGGUGGACGUGGCAACCCGAACUUCAUCUCAAAAUCAAAUCCAAGACCCUUGAUUGCCACGAAAGGAGAAAGUGGCAUGAUGUUGGAACUGGAAUUUGAGCUGAAAUUGCUUGCUGAUGUCGGGUUGGUUGGACUUCCAAAUGCUGGUAAAAGUACCCUUCUUCGAUCAAUUACAAACAGCCGUGCCAGAAUCGGGAAUUGGGCAUUUACUACACUUUCACCCAACAUUGGUACUGUAGUCUUGGAUGAUUUCACUGGCCGCUCGCUGAUCCAAUCCAAACUGGGAAUGAAGCAGCGUUCUCGGUUUACGAUUGCUGAUAUUCCUGGUCUAGUCGAAGGUGCUCACCUUGACAAAGGCUUGGGCCUGGGCUUUCUCCGUCAUAUUGAACGUGCUGGUAUUCUUGUUUUUGUUAUUGAUCUUAGCGCUGGAGAUGCCAUCCAGACGCUCAAGUCCUUAUGGAGAGAACUACAUAAAUACCAGCUGCUUCAAGAGCAGGAUCUAAACAUGGAUAAUGGAGCUACAUUUACAAAUGCUGCACAUAGUGGCAACUUUGAUGGGCCACGAGUGUUUGAUGCAUACUCGGACGAUUUUGAUUCAGGUCUCGAAUCGUCGCUGAAAAUGCAUCGAAGGAAUCUUCCUGAACUCGAAGGCCACCCUGCAUAUACAAAGCCAUGGUUAGUCGUUGGCACCAAAGCUGACUUGCCCAAAACACAGGAGAAUUUUGCCUUACUUCGAGCAUAUCUUGCUGACGUUGAGAAUGGAGUUGUGGAGCACCCUUCCCUCCACGAGGAUGCAUGGCGGAAACGUUUGCAUUCUAUCCCCGUCAGUGCACUAAAUGCCGAAGGUGUAAACGCUAUUCCUCAGGCAAUUAUACAGUUGUUGGAUACAGAUUAA